AUUGCCAGCCCUCUUAAAUGUAUCAUAUUUCUGUUGUCUGCUGUAUGAAUGUUAGAAGGAUGGUGAGAGCACUGACUGUUCCCGCUCUGGGGCUUCUAGCUUUGCUAUGCUUGUUCUCCUCGGAGCCCGUGCAGGCUGGAAAGGUGCUUGUCGUGCCAGUGGAUGGCAGCCACUGGUUGAGCAUGAAGAUCCUGGUGGAAGAGCUUUCUCAGAGGGGACAUGAGAUGGUAGUCCUGGUUCCUGAAACCAGUGUUCUGAUUGGGAAGUCUGGCAAUUACACCACUAAGUCUUUUCGUGUGCCGUACACCCUUGCUGAACUGAAUGCUAACCUGGACCACAUAAAAAAUAAUACAUUUGAGAACCCUCCAAAGUUGACUGAUAUCUUUGGAAAUUUGGGGAACCUGAUGCGGUUCACAGAUAUGCAGGUUAAAGCCUGUGAAGGUCUGCUGUAUGAUGAGUCCCUGAUGAAGAGUCUAAGAGAAACAGGAUUUGAUGUUUUGCUCACUGAUCCUUUCCUGCCUUGUGGCACCAUCAUUGCUGAUUCCUUCUCACUUCCUGCCGUUUACUUCUUGCGUGGAAUUCCCUGUCGGCUUGAUGAGGCAGCUGCCCAGUGUCCCUCACCUCCGUCUUUUGUCCCGCGCUUGUUCACUGGUUUCUCGGAUAAGAUGACUUUCCCUCAGCGAGUAAGAAACACGCUUAUGACAGUUUUAGAAAAGUCUCUAUGCCACCAACUUUUUGCCAGCUUUGAUGAACUGGCCAGUAGAUAUCUCCAGAAGGACACUACAUACAAAGAGCUAUUAGGUAAUUGUGCAGUCUGGCUUCUAAGGUAUGACUUUACCUUUGAAUUCCCCAAACCUCAAAUGCCGAACAUGGUCCAAAUAGCGGGCAUCAACUGUGCUAAGAAGGGUCCACUGACAAAGGUAAGAUGUUAA